CCUCCAUGCAAGUACAGAGCAGAGUAUAGUAGACACGCAGUGGGCAUUGCAACCCCACCAUUCCAUCGUCACAUCACAGCCUCCGCCUGCGUCUUGAAGUACGUAGGUCACUAUCCAAGUAUCUACCUACUUGCCUGCCUACUUGCCUACAGCUGCCCCGCCAUUUUAUAUAACCAUCUCACUAUAUUUUCCCUCCUUAGCACUUCCCACAGCCUUGUGCCGUUUUCAUUCAUCCAAUCUCGAUUUAUCCAAAAACAUCCGUAAUCACCGGCCUCAGACGCCUUCUAUUAGCCACAAUGCCGGGAAAGCAACCUAGUCUGUUCGCUUUCAGCGACAUCGGUGCCCUCGCACCUGCACUCCGGUCCUACAUUGUCACCAGCCAGAACGCCGGCCUGCUCCGCCACGAAACCUUCAAGGUCGCCGUGUCUGGCGGCUCACUCCCAAAGACCCUCGCCCAAGCCUUACUUGCUGAGCCCAAAUCUGACGAAGACGUAAUCAAGUUCGACAAAUGGGAGCUCUUCUUUGCCGAUGAGAGAGCUGUGCCGCUAGACCAUGAAGACAGCAACUACGCCCUCAUCAAGACGGAGUUGCUGGACAAGAUCCCUGCCUCCCUCGGUCAACCCAAAGUAUACCCCAUAAAUGCUGAGCACCUGGACGAUACCCAGGAGCUGGCAGAUCAAUAUGAGAAGCAGCUUGUUGAGUCCUUUGCGAAAGGCGAUUCAGUCCGACUUCCCAUUUUCGACCUCCUCCUUCUCGGCUCCGGUCCCGACGGCCACACAUGCAGCCUGUUCCCCGGCCAUCCUUUAUUACGUGAGACAGAUGCCUGGGUCGCCCCCAUCGACGAUUCGCCCAAACCGCCUCCGAGACGUAUCACCCUCACACUCCCCGUCGUGACACAUGCCGUCAGGAUCGCAUUCGUGGCUACCGGCGCUGGGAAGCAACGAAUCAUGAAGCGGAUAUUCGAGGCGGGCGACGGACUCCCAUGCGCUCUAGUCAAUGAAGCCGCAGGCGACCGCGUCAGCUGGUUUACCGAUAAUGCAGCCGUUGAGGGCGUUCAAUUCCCUCGCCGUAGCUUUCUAUAAGCUAUAACAACCACUAUAAGACGUCAUGGGUCAUAUGGACAUCACGAAAAUUAGGUCGGCGUUCUUCUGUUAAAAGCGGGCAGCUGUCACUCGACUUACGACUCGGUUCGGCUUCUCCAUAUAAAGCGUUGAGCAAAAGAGUGUCAUUCUGAACGAAAACAGUCUGCACUCUUCUACGAUGUAUAGAUGCGACCGAUGUGGCCCCAGCUUGCUCGCUGAAACGUAGGUGCCGCUCUAUCCUACACCCAUUACCACAUCACAUCCGACUUUGACGCGUUAUGAGAUAUCGACGAGUACCCCCAGAUAGAUUUGAUUUAUUUUCCAAGCUCUAUCCUUGCACGGCUAGCUCUCCUCAUCCCAACUUUUUUAUGGGGAAAAGGAGACGCACGAGAGGUCCGGAUCCGGCGCAGGGUAGCAAUUUAUUGCAUUCGUUCAUGCACGGUUAUAUGCGUGGGUGAUAUCACCACGGCAUCAGUGCGCCCGUCUGCGUUAUUCCCCACAUAUAGAGAAAAUUGCCAUCAAAUAAAAGUUAUGUGAAAGUUAUGA